UGGUCUAUAAGAGGGUAUGUGUUGCACAAUUGUGCCAUUUGUAUAUUUUGAAAUUGAGGGAACUCUACUUGAGAAAUAGUAAUAAUUGAGGCCAUGUCAAAAAUGUCUAGCCCCAAUGGUCCAGAGAUAGAAGAGAAGAGAGUUACAAAGGAAGAUAAAUUCAAAUCUGCUAAAACUGAAAUGGGUGAGGUGAAGGAAGAAAAUGAGAGAUUGAAGAUGAUGCUGGAAAGAGUAGAAAAGGACUAUCACUCCCUUCAACUCCGUUUCUUUGACAUCCUUCACAAAGAUGUUUCAAAGAAGGGUUUAGCUGUUUCAUCUACUUCCCUUGAUCAUGAAACUGCAGAGCCUGAGCUUGUGUCACUUUGCCUUGGAAGGAGUCCAAUGGAGCCUAAGAAAGAAUUAGCAAGAAUUGGAUACUCCAACAAACCAAAAGAAGAAGACGUUGGACCCAACCUUACUCUUGGAUUAGACUCCAAACACCUUUUGUCAAUGGAGGUUGUGUCUGAUUUGAGUCCCACGAAUAGCUCAGAAGAACCAAAGGAAGUUGAAGCUGAGGGAACAAAUCAAUCAGCAAAAGUGAUAAAUGUAAAUGAUGACGUUUCAGAUCAAAUGCCAGCCAAGAGAGCCAGGGUAUCUGUGAGAGCAAGAUGUGAUACUCCCACGAUGAAUGAUGGAUGCCAGUGGAGGAAAUAUGGACAGAAGAUAGCAAAGGGAAAUCCAUGUCCAAGGGCAUACUAUCGUUGCACAGUUGCACCAACAUGUCCAGUCAGGAAGCAGGUGCAAAGGUGUGCUGAGGACUUGUCCAUCUUAAUCACCACAUAUGAAGGAACACACAACCACCCUCUUGCAGUUUCAGCCACAGCCAUGGCUUCAACCACUUCAGCUGCUGCCUCCAUGCUGUUGUCAGGUUCUUCAACAUCUCACCUUACAAGCCACAAUUCUGCAUCUUUUGGAAAUGCUCCUACCACACUACUCAAUGGUGUGAGUUUCAGUCACCAGUUUGAUGAACUAAGAGCCAAACAAAUGUUAUCACCACCAAACCAUGUCUCACCAAAUCUGUUUUCAACAAUCACUUUAGACAUGACUUCUUCAGCUUCUAAUUCCUCCUCAUCAACUCAAUUCCAUCAUCGCUUACCUUCGACGAUUGCUUCAAUUUCAAACCCAAAAUUUUCUCCAGCUAGUCUCAGCUUUUGUUCCCAAGAUAAUAACUUCAUACCAUCCAUUUGGGGUAAGGGGGGUGACACUUCCACAACACCAAUUGACAAAAUCCCCAUGACUAGGCCAGUUAUCAAGGGAAAUCAAUAUUUCCAAGAAAAUUUCUAUCAACAAAGCAUAACAAAGCAAACUCCUUCCAAAGAAGCUUUGGCAGAAACAAUAACAAAGGCAAUCAGCACAGACCCGAGUCUUCGUUCAGUAAUAGCUGCUGCAGUUUCAUCAAUAGUGGGGAAUGGAUCAAGCAGUGGGAACCAAGAGGAAUCAGACAAUGUUCUUGGUUCAGGGUUGAACUUAAAACUUGGGGAGCAUUUUCAAUUGGCUUCACCCAAUCCCUUGAACCAGAAUAGGAAAGAAUGCUUAACAAGCUACUUCAAAAGUUUGUCCUCAAAGAAUUCUGAGGCAGGAAGCUUCAUUUUUCUCCAACCAUCAUUGCCAUUUUCUUUCUCCAAGAGUAGCACAAAUCAGGUCAACCAUUAUGUUCAAGAAAUGAACUCACAUCAUUAGCUUUCUCUUCCUCUUUGACUUGGCCAAGAUCCUAUUAUUUCAUGUCAAAAUAUAUAGGACCCCACAAAUAAUAGAUUAAGUUUAGAAACCAAAAGAACGACUAGCUAGCUAGAAAUUCAUGUUGUCUCCCCCUACAAUCUAGUUAUUCAAUUCCAUUUUUGUAACACUCGAGCAUCUGCUCAGAGUAUAAAGACAACCUAUUACAGAAAUUAUUACAAAAGUCUAGCUACUACUAUAAAUUUCAUGCUUUA